AUGCAUGGGCCAGCAAAAGGCAUCGUUUAUGCCAUUGGUUAUCCAGUUCUCGCUGUUAUUGGUGUUCCAGCCAACUUGGUGGCCAUUGUAAUUCUGUCCCGUGGACAGUGUGGACUUUCUCGGUGUGUGACUUAUUAUUUGAUGGCCAUAGCAGUGAGCGAUUUCCUUGUGAUUAUCACCGGAUGCAUUCUCAACCGAAUUGCUCGCAUCUAUUUUACCUACAGUGUACUGUCCACAACCACCGGCUGUUCUCUCAGUGCUGUGCUGGUUUACUUUAGCCGAGAUGGCUCAGUAUGGCUAACAGUGGCUUUCACCAUUGACCGUUUUGUGUCUAUCUGCUGCCAACACCUGAAGACCAGAUAUUGCCUCAAGAAAACAGCGUCGCUGGUCAUAGGAAUUGUCUGCCUGCUUAAUGCUAUCAAGAACGUGCCUUUUUACUUUUCCUACAAACCUUUGUAUAUUGUGGAUGGUGUGGCCUGGUUUUGUGAUAUCAAGUCUGCGUAUUACAGCUCACUCGCUUGGCGGGCCUAUGAUUGGCUGGAUCACAUUUUAAUCCCGUUUCUUCCUUUCUUCCUCAUUCUACUGCUCAACAUCCUGACCAUGCGACACAUCUUGGCAAGCAACCAAGCCCGCAGGAGACUACAUGGCACAGAUAAUGAUAGAGACCCGGAGUUGGCCAGCCGCAAGAGGUCCAUAGCCCUGCUGUUCACUAUCUCUCUCAGCUUCCUCGUCCUAUGGAUCAUACAAGUCAUACAUUUCCUCUAUGUGCGUAUUCCUGGAAAAGCAUACUUCGCUGGUUUGGAUUUCAAUGACCCUGAUUACAUCCUUCAAGAGGCGACCAACUUGCUCCAGAUAAUCAGUUCCUGCAAUAAUGUCUUCAUCUACACAAUAGUCCAAAAGAAGUUUCGAAUGGAGUUGAAGAAGCUACUGAUUUUUCCGAUUGACGCUGUCACCAGUUGCUCCAAAGAAUGA